AUAAUAUAAAUGGGCUGUGGGAACACAAAACAGCAGGUCAUUCAACUCCAUCCAGAAGAGAAAAAGAAAGAGAAAACGGUGGUCUUCAAAGAGCCUCCUGUAGACGUGAUCAACUAUAUUCAGCCAUACCCACAAAACAGAAAACGGCGAAAAUAGAUAAAGAAUGGGGUGUGGACAAACUAAACCGAUAAAGCCCGAAUCUCAGAGAAAAUCUGUCACCUUCAAAGAUCCACCCGUCGAUUUUAUUGAACCUGAUCCAAAGGCCACUUUCCUCUCGACCUCACAGCCGACUCAGACUUUGGAAAAUAGUCUUUACCCACCAAAACCGCCAAAGACCAGGCGAAAUGAGAUCAUUCCCAAUGAUGACAUGUUUUAUUUAUUAGAUGAACAUGCAUUAAAGGCGCCAAAAUCAGUAGACACGUCCGUUGAAUCUUUGUGCAGAUAUUUGACAAAACCAGCCAAAAAUGACAUGGAAAAAUGUCGGCUAUUUUACAGAUGGAUCACAAACAACAUUUCGCAAGUUUCACACAAAAAUUUAUUUAAUAAUCAUAUUUAUUUUAUUCUUUUACUCAGAUAUGACACAGCUGCCUUGUUUCAAGGUAAAAAGAAGCCGCUUGAUGCUGAGUCGGUCCUCAAGUUGAAAACAUCCGUCUGCGUAGGUUAUGCCAAUCUUUUCACUGCUUUGUGUAGGUGCGCUGACAUUACAGUCCAGAAGAUAUCCGGAUAUGCCAAAGGCUAUGACUACAAUCCAGAAAUCCGAUUCGAAUACGGUCACGCCACAAGUCAUGCGUGGAACGCAGUACAUGUGGACGGAGAGUGGAGGCUGGUAGAGUGUACCUGGGGAGCAGGGAACUGUGACGAAUUCAAAAAAUUCCACUUCGAUUACCACGACCAUUUUUUCUUCAUGGACCCAGAUUCGUUUGUUUUAACACAUUUUCCAUAUGACCCAGAUAUUAAUAUGGCCCUAGCUUGGCAACUCCUGAAGGAUCCAUGGUCAUUGGAUAAAUUUAAUUCAUAUAUAAAGCCUAGUAUGAAAGCCAUUGAAUGGGAUAUAGACUUUGUUUCCCAUUCGACCAGUGUAGUGUUCUCAAAUGGUGUAUCAAUUUUUGCAUUAAAAAGUAGCACCACAAAUCUGCCUGUUCUAAAUGGUGAGCUUUAUCCAGAGAAAGGCGAGAGCAGCAAGACUUACACAUAUGCUUACAAAAAUGGACCAGGUGAUUACAAGUUGGUUGUUCGACCGCCCUCUGUUGGAAAAUUUACCCUUCGGAUUUUAGCAAAUACUAAAGAGGAUGACGAGGCUUCUAUUUUGGUCUCCUACGUCAUCAAAUGUAUAAGUACAGAUGGACUCGUUCGUUGUUUUCCGUAUCACUGGGGACUUUGGGGGCCAUCAGUGAAAUUGGACAAUUUUGGACUGAUGUACGACGAAUCCUCCUCUCCGUUAAUCAUGACAGAAAAUGGUGAAGUAGAAGUAAAGUUACCACUGAAAAAUGAACUGGACUGUUCCUGCAGACUUAGCCAUGCUGAAAAUCUCCUAAGGGAAAGUGACGAUUACGUCAUGACGGAAAUAAAUGGUGGACAUUUAUGUACUCGAGCUAGGCUCCCAAAGGAGGGUUAUUAUAAACUACAGCUUAUGGUUAGAUUAGAGGAAGAUAGUUAUAAACCGGUGUUAACUUACCUUCUUGGGUCGAAACAAACACUGCCAGUGAUUCACAAACUACCGAAAUGUUAUAGGGCGGCAAGAGAGUUCAGGUGUCGUCUGAUUGAACCUCUGACGUAUGAACUACCCAGAAACACGAAGAUUCGUAUCAGAUUAAAAUGUCCAAAGAAUUUAAGUCUUGUCCUUAAGAAACAAACACUCAAAGUGGAUAAGGUUGACGAUGUAUGGGACUUUCUAACAACGACACCGAAUGCGGGUGAAAAAUUUUGCAUUUCGGGAAAACUUCAAAGUGAAGAUUCUCGAUCCACAUACAAGGGAUUAUAUGAAUUUUCCAUUAUAUAAAAUAGCGAUUGCAUUUGACAUCAUUUGGAAAAUACUCAAUUUUCACCUGGUGCAAUAUUUUACCAU